AUGGCCUCAUUAAAGUUAGCGUCUGUCUUUGCAGUUGAUUUGAACUGCCCGUCGUCCUCAUUAGCAGUCGUCAUUGAUAUAUGCCGCCGCGCAGUAGAGACCGCAAUGCUUCUCGCACCGCAUGAUGAGAUGGGACUUGUUUUAACCGGUACAAACAGCAUCAACACCGUUCAUAGAAACAACAACAACAACAAUGAUAAUGAUAGUAAUAUGGAUAGUAAUAGUAACAAGAAUGAUACCUGUUGCAAUCAUUACAUUUCUGUUCCAUGUGCUCUUGCUGCGCCUACAGUGGACUUUUUAGAAGUGUUGAAACAUAUUGAAGAAGAACAACAACAACGACAACUAGAAGAAGAGGAAGAAAAAGAAAAGGAAAAACAUGAGGUGGAUUUCUUAGAAACGUUAAGAAUAUGUUUGCAAGUUAUGCGUGAAAGGACAGAAAAAAAGCGCUAUGAACGGAUUAUUUAUCUAUUUACAGACGCUCACAUAGAUGUGAAGGAAAAGUCUGAUAUUAAUAACAUUUUAGAGUCUUUUAAACAGCUUGAUAUAUCCUUGGUGGUUGUAGGUAUUAAUUUUAGUGAUAUACACAACAACAACAACAAUACAGAUGAUUAUGAAGAAAAAGAUAACGAUACGGAGGAUAGUAAUAUCUGUAGUUUAGAGCAUCUCCCUGUUAAACAGCAGAAUGAAAAGGUUCUACACAUUAUGUGUGAUGCUAUUGGGAAUGACAGUGUAGUAGUCUGCUUAGAAGAGGCGCUGCAGAGUGUGAUGAAACCCAAUAGACGUAAAAUUGCUCAGCGAUCCCUAUUGAAAGUUACUCUCACUGUUGGGGAUGUGCGUUUAGCCACGCAGUUCUACACAAAAACACGUGAAGAGCGACUGCCAGCACUGAAACGCACAACAGCAGAGGGAUUGGAAGUGGGUGUAAGAACACUUUAUUUGGGUUUAAGUGAAGAUAAUACCACACCAUCGCCGCCACUACUUCAACAGAAAGAUGUCAUUAAGGGAUUUCGUUAUGGACGAACUCUUAUUGCGUGUGGUGGAAUAACAACAUCAUCAUCAACAGAAACAACAACAACAACAAAGGAGGAAUCAUUAAAACUUAACGGCACACGAUCACUAGAGGCUCUUGGUUUUGUUCCUUUAAAGCAAGUUCCACCAUAUGUGCUGAUGGGUGGAGUUAACGUCAUCACACCCCUUGCGGAUGAUAAGAUUGGGGCUAAAGGAUUUCGUAGUAUUGUGCAGGCAAUGGUGGCAUUAGAUCAGGCGAUGAUUGUGCGUUUUGUGCGUACACGUGAUGCCAAUCCCGUUCUUGGACUUUGCGUAGCCUCACAGAGUGAAAAACGAGAUGUUUUGUUUUUUUCUCCACUGCCGUAUGCUGAAGAAGUACGAUCCUUCACCUUUUCAAACUUUGAGGAUGUCUGCUGUACAGAUGAGGAGGAGAAACUUAUCGCCUCUUUAGUGGAGGACAUGACUGUUGAUAAAUCUGUAUUUCGUCCUCGAGAGACAUUCAACCCCGUACUGCAGCAGUUUAAUGAUAUGCUGCGUAUAAAGUUACGUGCUUGUGUAGAUAAGGGUAGAAGUGAAGGGAAAGAAACAGCAAUAGAAGAAGAAAAAGAAAAAGAAGAAGAAGAAGAGGUAUCACUAUUGGAUCAUCUGCGGGCCACCUCUACAGUAUUUGGUUCAUCAGGGAAUAGACUAGAGGAGCUUCUUUCAAGUGUCCAAUCUAAAUUAAAAACAUGUAGUAAUACCUUUGUUUUUGAGGCCAAUGAAAAUAAUAAUAAUAAUAAUAACAGUAAGAGUAUCCAUAGUUUUGAAGCUGUUCGAAAAGCAUUUGCUUUAAAAAGAAAAGAUGAGUUUCAUUCACAUACUAAUGCCUCUGAUGUUGUGGAGGAUACAUCAACACAAACUCCAUCCACAGUUGCUGCUGCUGUGGUUGUUGGUACUUCUUCUUCUUCUUCUUACACAACAGAUGCUGCAGUAAAGCGGAUGGGUGGUAGUGUUAGUUCCUCUGUGGCAACAGUGGCUGCUGAUACUUCCUCCUUUAAAGAUACUAUUAAAUCCACUGUUGAUUCUAUCCAUCUGCAUGUAACUACAGUGGAUCCGAUUGGCACUUUUCAACAAAUGCUGCAAUCUCAUGAUGUUAUUGUGGUGCAGCGUGCGGUGGAUGAACUUGCUGAGGUGAUAUUUAAAUUACUGCGGCAUAGUGUAAAAGAUGCCCAAUACACGAAGUGCGUGAAUUGUGUUGAACUUCUCCGUCAGCACUGUUUGGCGACGGGUGAAGCGAACUACUUUAAUAACUUUAUGUUGAGAUUGAUGCUCAUAUCAUAUGAGUUAGGCCACAAGACCUUCUGGACAUCUGUUGUUCUUGCAGAGCGUGGUAUUCGCCUGAUAACACGGUGUGAGUGCCCAAAGAGUACAAUUGAAAAUGAAGCAGCGGCCAUUGCUUUUAUCUCGCAAGAUCGUAGUAUUCCAAAUCCGAUAUUGGAGGAAAAUUGCAAUGAUGACGUGUUGGAGAUGAUUGUCUGA